AUGGGAUGUGACGUCAGCAAGAGUGUUGAAGUGAAUGACGUCAACACUGCUGAAGACGAGGCUGCCGACUUCUCUGACAACCAAAUUGACACGAUACGGAGCACUUGGCCAAUCUUGUCACGUGACAUGGUUGGCUUCGGAGAAAAGGUGUUCCUUCGGAUAUUUCUGGAGGAACCUAGGAUCAAAACGGUUUUCAAGAAUUUUUCAUAUAUGGACGAAAACAACCUGAAACAGUCAAAAAUAUUUCUUGAUCACGUGACGAAGUUCAUGCAGGUGGUCGAUUCAGUUGUGGAUAGUUUGGAAAAACCUAAAACUGAAAUUCAACAGACUUUGCUGAUGCUUGGCGCACGACACGCCACUUUCGACGGUUUUGACAUUGAAUAUUUCGCUGUGUAUAUAAAAGUGCUGAUGAGCGUCUGGGAGACAGCAAUUGGAGAGGAAUUCAUUCCGGAAGUGCGGGAAAGUUGGAAUAUAGUGUUUACUUACAUUGUCCGAUAUCUCUGUCAAGGUUACGAACUUUAUGUGCUGGAAAGUGAACAUGAAAAAUCGUGCAAUGGUAAUUCAAGUGUAACAUAA